AUGCACCAGGAAUUGGGCUGGACCGUGCUGAUUGUGGUGAUUUUGGGUCUGGACUGGUUGCAACCUGCGAGUAAUGAAACACUUUCACACUCUGGGUUUUUUGGUCAUUCUAUCACACUGCCCAUCCUACCAAUACCGAUCCCGACCCAAGCCAAUAACCCACCCCCAACUGCGCCUUUCGCAUCAGAGUCAAAAAUAAACCAUUGUCAUUCUACCAAACCACCACGUUGUCGACCACCGGCUUACUACACCCGUACCUUUUCUGUCUCUUCUUACGCUCAUACCACCGGUUCCCACAAUUCCCUCACCAUGACGGAACGGUCUGGCCCCCUGCACAUUCUAACACGCUGA